AUGCUGUUUUCUCUGCGAGAGCUGGUGCAAUGGCUGGGCUUUGCCACAUUCGAGCUGUUCCUCCACUUGGGCGCGCUGCUGGUCUUCAGUGUGCUGGUGGCCCUACACAUGGACGUGGACAAGCAGACUCUUAAGAUGAGCUGGUGGCUUGUCUUCUCACCCUUGUUUGCUGCUGAUGGCCUCAGCACUUACUUCACAGCCAUUGUAUCCAUCCGCCUCUAUCAAGAAGGAGAGAAGCGGCUGGCAGUGCUGCGCUUGCUGUGGGUGCUGACCGUGCUCAGCCUCAAGCUGGUGUGUGAGGUGCUGCUAUGCCAGAAAUUGGCCGAACAGGACCAGGCAAGUGAUUUGUGGUUCGGGCUUAUCGUUUCCCCCCUUUUCAUUCUUCUGCAGCUGCUCAUGAUUCGUGCUUGUCGUGUCAAUUAAAGGACAAACCAUCUGCACACAUGCCAGUGGACUUAUGUGAAUGAAAUGGACUCCUGCAGGUCUCAUUCAAACCAGGAGUGAAUUUUUGUGAAGUGCAAAAUCAUAGGGACCUUUUUUUUUUUUGGUAUUCAAAUGGUUCAUGUGACCAUGGCAUCAUAAACAAUGCUUAAAAUAAUGUGCUGAUUUUUAUCAUUAUUAUUGUCUUUAAGUGCUUUGAGAUAUAUGGUCUUGAUUUUGCUUUACCCUUGUUAUUACCUUUUUAUUAUUAUUUGUACAAUUGUAAAUAAACCAUCAACAUUCAA